CAAAUUUAGGGAUUGGAGGUGACCCCUGACAACUGAGCCUGACACUUGACAACCAGCUGAAAGACAGUCUUUGUUCUUAGGCCACAGCUCCCCCCUCCCCCACAGUGACCUCAAACUGUUUACUAAGCUUCUCCUCAGACCCAGAGACCCUCUGUGAUGGCCCUUGUUGCCCUAGUGGGGAGCAUCAUUCUGUUGUUCCCGCUGAUCUUCAGGGCAUCCACGUGGGCAUGUCUCUCCUGCUUCACCACCUAUGAGGAACGCCUCCGUGUCUGCCAGACGUUUGUGAACACUGGCCCCAAGCUGGGCCAGUGUAAAGAUGCGCUCACAGAUGCCUUUCAGGGGCUCUCAGACACGGAAAUCAACUACGAUGAGAGGAGUCACCUGCAUGAUGCCUUUACAGAGAUGAUGUUCUCCCUCCAGGAGGUGGCCGCAGCUCAGGGGUCCUUUAUGGCUGCCUUCCCCACUGCUGCUGCAAAAAUGAAGAAGUUCAUAAAACAGCUUAAAAAAGUCCAGGACUGCGUCCCUCCUUGUGGCGUCCAAGAGGUCACUAGGCGUUUCUUCUGCUGGGGUUGCUUUUCCACAAUCUGCGAACUCCCUCUAGACUGUCCAGUCCAGGAUGUGACGGUGAAGCGAGGGGACCAGGCUUUGUUUUCUUGUGUCGUGGGCUUCCAGUUGCCAGAAUCGGAGCUCACUUAUUCCUGGAAAUUCGCGGGAGGAGGUGUGAGUCGGGACAGG